UGGAUUAUUUGUAAUCAACAGCCCUUUAUAGUCAUUAAAGAUCCUAGUUUUAUUGAACUUAUUGAAGAACUUGACGAACAGUAUCGAUUACCAUCUCAACAAACUAUAUUUAAUCAGAUCAAGGCAAUUUAUCAAAAUCAAAAAUUGUUAUUAAAAAAUUUUUUAAAACCAAUAAAAAAAUUAGCCAUUACAACUGAUUCAUGGACGGCUUGCAAUAAUAGUAAUUAUAUGUCCAUAACACUCCAUUGGAUUGAUGAUAAUUAG